AUUGUGAUACAGCACCGAGUUGUCUGCUGCUAGUCUACCCAUCAUCAUCAUCAUCAUCGGGGUCUGGCUGGCUGUUGUAUUUGCGUCGGAACGGUCCGAGCUAAAGUGCUUUGGCUAAAGGAUGUGGGAUUAAAAGAGAAUAAACGGACAACAUACCUCCCUGGAUUUCAUUUGUUUAACGUUACCGUCUCUGCUUCGAAAUGUCGGGGAAAAUAGAGAGUAAGCAAGACUCCCAACGCUCCCAUUUGUCUUCCUUCACCAUGAAGCUUAUGGACAAAUUCCACUCUCCCAAAAUCAAAAGGACACCCUCAAAGAAAGUCAGUAAGCCACCUUUAGAACAUAGCGUCAAGACUGCAGAGAAACCUGCUAACAAGGGUCUGAGUCGGUUAGAGGAGCAUGAGAAAGACGUGGUCAGUGCCUUGCGUUACUUCAAGACCAUCAUUGACAAGAUGGUGGUGGACAAGAAGGUGCUGGAGAUGUUACCAGGCUCUGCCAGUAAGGUCCUGGAGGCCAUCCUGCCUUUAGUCCAAGUGGAACCGAGGAUCCAGCACAGUUCAGCGGUGUCAUCUUGUCUUAACCGUGUGUACCAGAGUCUGGGCAAUCUCAUUCGCUGGUCCGACCAAGUCAUGCUGGAGGGGGUCAACCUGGAAGAUAAAGAAACCAUCGUUACCGUCACCACUGUGAUCAAGGCAGUGCUCGACGGUGUUAAGGAGCUGGUGAAACUGACCAUCGAGAAACAGGAGCAUCCCUCCCCUACAUCUCCUGUCAAACCAGUGCCACCGGCCGCCCUGACUGAGAGCGCUGCAGAGCCACCUGCCAAAGAGAAGGAGAGUCUGGACAAGAGUUCAGCCACAACCCAAUCUACGGAAGUCUUGACUGAACCCACUGAGGAUGAAGCAGAGGAGGUGGCCCCUCCGAAACCCCCUCUCCCUGGCGUAAAGAUGGCUGAACACAAUCCUCCAGCUCUCCCUCCAAAGAAGCGCCAGUCGGCGCCCUCCCCCACCCGGGUGGCAGUGGUGGCCCCCAUGAGCCACGCCACCAGUGGCGCCGGUCUUCACAUGGGCACCGGCCUCCACAAACAGGAGUACGAGGUGGACGCGUUGCAGCGGCGCUUCUCAGGGGGCAGCCAUUCGUACGGAGGGGAGUCGCCGCGCCUGUCGCCCUGCAACAGCAUGGGCAAGCUGAGCAAGUCGGACGAGCAGCUGUCCUGGACAGUGGACAGUGGACAAUGCUCACGCAACACCAGCUGUGAGACUCUGGACACCACAGACCACUACGACCCGGACUACGACUUCCUGCACCAGGACCUGUCCAGCCUGGAGCAGAUGACUCCUGUGCCAGUGGGAGCGUGCCUCAGCCCCCUGCCUGAGUCCCACAGCGAGUCUUCCUCCCCCUGCCCUGGACCCGGUCCGCCGCUGGCACAGCCACACUUCAGCCCCCUCCAGGGCUGCUCCGUGUCCCCCCUCUACUCCCGCAUGACUCCCGCAUUGCCGCCCCCCGCCCUGCCAGAAAAGAAGCGCCGCAGCGGGGCCAGCUCGGGCUUCUCCGACGGCUCCUACUCUGGCUCCUCCUGGCGUGUCUCCUUCGAGCGCCACCCGUCCCAGUAUGACAACCUCAUGGAGGAGGACAUGCCGCCUGUGCCCCCCUUCCCCCUGUUCACGCCUGGCGUCUCGCCCAUGACCCUGUGCCACGCCGGCGAUGGGUUUGUGUCUGAGUUCUGUGCCAGCGAGAUGGCAGACGUCCCCCAGAGUCCACCCCCACUCCCCGAGAAGAAGAGCCGCCACAUACUGAAGUACAUGCAGUUUGUGGAGGACUACUCGGAGCCCCAGCCCUCACUCUUCUACCAGACACCGCAGAGCGAGAGCAUCUACGAGCAACGCAACAAGCGCUUCCAGGAAGUCUACAGCUUCAACGACUCGUAUAGCAGCAAUGACUCUGUUCACGAGCCCCUCCCACCCCCGGCACUGCCACCCAAACAGAGGCAGCUGAGCAUGGACCUAGCUGCCCCGGGCACUGGCAGCCCUGACCCUGUGCUGGUGGCCAACGGCUCACUGGACAGCUCUGGUGGCUCUCUUGCAGUCUGCCUUCCCACUGACUCUUCUUUCUCUGACACUCGUCAAACCUCUUUGAGUGAAAGCGCUAAUGAGGAAGUCGGGGAGGGAGAGUACGUCAAUCUGUACUCAUCCAGCCAAGCCAAAGGAGACGGGCCGCUCUCCCGCCGAGACUCAUCCGCCAUAGAUGACUCACUGGAGGACACUGCCUCAGAGAACCCACUGUGCACGGACACGUGCAAUGACAGCCGAAGGCAAAAGUCCUCAGAAGAAGGGCCGAGUAGCGAGGAGACAGAUGAACUUUCCCUCAUCGAUCACAUGGAGAUCAUGUCCCGGAUAACACUAAAGCAGAAGAGCGACGACGGUCCAGAUGUCCGAGCCGGAUCGGGGGAUAUUUUAUUAGUCCACGCCACAGAAACAGACCGCAAAGAUCUUGUCUUGUACUGUGAGGCUUUCCUGACGACGUACAGAACAUUUAUAACCCCCGAGGACCUCAUCAAAAAGCUGCACUACAGAUACACCAGAUUUAGUCACAGCCCAGACACCUUCAAGAAGAGAGUCAGCAAAAACACCUUCUUCGUUCUGGUCCGUGUGGUGGAUGAGCUGUGUCUGGUGGAGAUGACGGAGGACAUCCUGAAGCAGCUGAUGGACCUGGUGUUCAGGCUGGUGUGUAACGGUGAGCUGAGCCUGGCCCGCGUGCUCCGCAAGAACAUCCUGGACAAGGUGGAGCAGAGGAAGUUGCUGCGCUACACCAACUCCCUUAAACCACUGGCCGCGCGAGGUGUCGCUGCCAGACCGGGGACCCUGCAUGAUUUCCGCAGUCACGAGAUUGCUGACCAGCUAACUCUCCUGGACGCGGAGCUCUUCUACAAAAUUGAGAUCCCUGAGGUGUUGCUUUGGGCUAAGGAGCAGAACGAGGAAAAGAGUCCCAACCUCACACAAUUCACAGAGCACUUUAACAACAUGUCAUACUGGGUACGCUCCAUAAUCAUUCUGCAGGAGAAAGCCCAGGACCGAGAAAAGCUCCUCCUUAAAUUCAUCAAAAUAAUGAAGCACUUACGGAAGCUAAAUAAUUUCAACUCGUAUUUGGCAAUAUUAUCUGCCUUGGAUUCGGCUCCCAUCCGAAGACUGGAAUGGCAGAAAACAACCUCAGAGGGCCUAGAGGAAUACUGCACGUUGAUAGACAGUUCCUCGUCGUUCCGGGCCUACCGAGCGGCACUGGCAGACGUGGAGCCCCCAUGUAUACCAUACCUGGGACUUAUCCUCCAGGACUUAACCUUUGUCCAUCUGGGCAACCCUGACCUCAUCAACGGGAAGGUCAACUUCUCAAAGCGCUGGCAGCAGUUCAAUAUCCUGGACAGCAUGAGGCGCUUCCAGCAAGUGCAUUAUGAUCUGAAACACAACGACGACAUCGUCUCCUUUUUCAAUGACUUCAGCGACCACCUGGCAGAGGAGGCUCUGUGGGAGCUGUCUCUAAAGAUCAAACCUCGGAACAUUACGCGGCGCAAAACGGAGCGCGAAGAGAAGACAUAGGAACGUGUCCCGCUCUAUUGGAUCUUUGGUCAUUUUACAAAAUCAUGGAAUUACAAGAGACUACAAACAAGUAGAACUGUGAAGGCAGCUAAAAGACUGUGGAUGAUUUUUUUAUUUUAUUUUUUGGACAUCUCAGACUUGGGAUUCUCUGUUUGGGAUUGCGCUCAGUCUGUGUGUGAGUAAAGCCAGUGAGAGAGACACUGCAUUGUUGUAAGGCUCACAAAAAGAUUCCUCAUGUUCACCUUUGUCACCAACCUCAUCCACCCGAUGCCAUAUUAUGGGUAUGGUCCAAGCAUUACAGGAUACGCUAGGGGUUGUCCUCUCACAACCCAAGACAUUGCCCUGACUAAAACCUUAUCAUACUGAUGUGGGCCAUGGGAAACACUGCCCAAUGUCACUCAGUUUAGACUUUUUUAUACGGGACUCCAGACCCUUUUUUUGCUGCCACAAACUGUGACGCUGUAUCGCCUGACAUGGCAAAGAACUGCUAUGGGUGGUGCAGAACUUUGAGCAAAGACACUCGUCACCUGGGUCUGCUUCUAGACUGGUGGGAAAAUAUAUAUUACUGGUGCACAUAAGACAUCAUUUUGUCAUUAAAAAACAUGUUUUUUUCAAGGAAGUGUUGUAUGUAUGAUACUGUCUGACUGAUGCAAUGCAGUUUUUGUUUUGUUCUUUAAAAGGAUGUGAAAAUUAUACUUCCGAAAUGCGGAGAAGUGAUACAUGAAGUUCAUAUACAGUGGGGUCCGGAAUUAUUGGAUCCCUUGAUAAAGAUGGGCAAAGAAGACUGUAUAAAAUGAACAAUACAAAUGCUGAACUAUAUUGUAUAUAAAUAUAUUGUGUAUAAAUUGUUCUGUUGCUUGGUAAAGUUCAUGAUGCCAUUGACCUUAACAAGGGCUCCAGGACCAGUGGAAGCAAAAUAGCCCCAUAACAUCAAAGAUCUACCACCAUAUUUUACAGUAGGAAUGAGGUAUUUUCUGCCUAUGCAUUUUUCUUUCGAAAGCCAAACCCACCAUUGAUGUGCAUGGCCAAUGAGCUCUGUUUUCAUGUCAUCUGACCAUAGCAGCGCCUGGAGUUUGCUAAAUGGCAUUGGCACUUGGAUUGGAGCCAGUGCUAUGGUCAUAUGACAUGAAAAUAGAGCUCCUUGGGUUUGGCUUUCAAAAGAGCAAUGCAUAUGCAGGAAAAACCUAAUUCCUACUGUAAGAUAUGGUGGUGUUUUUUUAAAUGAUAUGGGGCUAUUUUGCUUCCUCUAGUCCUCAACGGCGUCAUUAACUUUACCAAGUACCAGUACAUUUUAGCCAAAAACCUGGUUGCCUCUGCCAGAAGGCUGAAACUUUUCCACAAGCGAAUCUUCCAGCAAAACAUUAACCCCAAGCACAUGUUAAAAAUAAUCCAAAAAGAAAUGGUUAAUUGACCACAAAAUCAACAUUUUGAACCUCAUUGAAAACCUGUGGUUUGAAGCAUUCUGUAUGGAGGAAUAAUCUAAGAUCCCUCCGAAUGUGUUCUCCAAUCUCAUAAAACAUUUUAGAAAAAUGCUUUGUCGUUAUCCUGGCAAGGGGAGGGUUGCUGGAGAAUUGAAAACGGGAUCCAAUACAUUUUACCCUUUUUUUAUUUAUUUUAUUUAUUUUAAACAAUCUCUUUCUUUGAAAAUUUGUAUUAGUAUAAAAUAAUAUUUAUUUUUGCAUUUUUACAGUCUUUUUUGCAUAUCUUUAUCAAGGGAUCCAAUAAUUCCAGACCCCACUGUACUUGCACUUAAAAAUCAAAUGAACAAAAAAGUGAUGUGAUGUAUGUGUCAUGGGAGCUGUACAUAGCAGUGAACAUUAGAAACAUUACA